AUUUUUAUUAUUAAUAUUGAGCGUUCCGGUCGGUCUUUCGGGAUUAUUUCACGGCGUGCUCUGCAUGCCCUAUGCGAGGUUCUUCUCCCAGCAAAUAGUAUCGCCGAGACGCAUGUUGCAGCUGCCUCCAAAAGGGUCCCAUCCUAUACACAUUGCCAGACGGCUUCUGAUGUUAGGCACUCUUCUACAAGGCAUCCAGCCAAGCUCUGUUGGAAAACUGGCCGGCAUGAGCUCGGAUUACCGUGUCGUCAUGUCUCGUGUGGUGAAUACCGCCGCUAGACUUGUGAGAAGCAACGACGAACUUGUCAGCUCGCUCGAGGGGAUCGAGUGUGUCAUGAUGGAGAGCAUGUACUUGAAUAAUGCCGGAAACCUCCGCCGCGCCUGGCUCACCAACCGUAGAGCCAUGGUCACGGCGCAGAUGAUGGGGUUACACACGGGUAGCUGCUCGCCGAGCAUGAUGCUCGAAGCAGAAACUCGAAACCGCAUCGACCCGGAUUGCAUGUGGUUCCGCAUAGUCUUCUCAGACAGGUAUCUUUCCUUGAUGCUAGGCCUUCCGCAAGGCUCACCAGAAAACAUCUUCGCCGGGCCAGAGGCACUCGAGAGAUGCACGGCUAUGGAGCGUAUGGAGCGCAUGAUGGCGGUUGCGGCUGGGCACAUUCUGCAGCGCAACGGCGCCCAACGAACUGAUCUUGCAGUGACGUACAAGGUUGACAAGAUGCUCCAGGAAGCUGCGGCUCUGAUGCUGCCACAGUGUUGGCUAAUGACGCAAGACUCUACCAUUCUCGUCAAUAACAGCGCACAGGAAUUCAAGGAGUCGCUCCGCCUCGUGAAUCAGUUCACACAGUGGCACCUUUUGGUACAGCUCCACCUGCCAUACAUGUUGCUGCCCUCUUCAAUCGACCAGAAUUACGAUUACAGCAAGAUGACUGCUGCCAGCGCCGGUCGUGCGAUCGUUUCCCAGUUUGUGUCCUUCCGUAGCUCUACUUCAGCUACUGCGUAUUGCCGUGGCAUUGAUCUCGUUGCCUUUGUUGCCAGCACGACGCUAUGUCUUGCGCAUAUGGAGGCUCGCCGCCAGCAGAAAACCGACGCCGGCAAAGUCAUUGGUGUUUUCCAAUCCCUCCAACAUCAGCGGCUGAGCGACCGCGGACUGCUCGAACGCACUCUCGAAAUAAUGGAGACAAUGGCUCAAAAGGGUCACGAUGUAGUUGCCCAAAAGAUCUCCAGCGUCCUUCGGCCACUCCUCGAUAUCGAGAAUAAUUCUGCCAGGGGCGUCUGCUACGAAACCAGUGCCCUGGAGUAUGAUAAGAACGAGUCUCAGCCCCUCGGUGAUACAGGCCUGACGUUCAACGUCUUGCGGAUCCAGAUCCCGUACUUUGGGACCAUCAAGAUCGAACAUUGUCCUACCGUUUCCGACUACAUUGAGCCGGCAAAGACGCCCUCCAAAUACUGGCUUGGUAACCCGCCUGCUUCGCAAGCAGCUGGUGGCGGCCUUGUUGUUCUCUGUGAGCUAAUCUCACCGCCCACCCAAGUGCCGCACGAAGGACAACAAGGAGGCACAAUCUCCACAGGAAACCAAGCUGCCUAUGCAUUCAGCACCGCACAGCCUGUCAAUACUGACUGGCAAGCCGUACCAUCGCAUCUUUAUCCAGCUGGCCCGCCCCAGCAAUCUGAACCGGCAGCUUGGGACCAAGGCCCACCGUCUCUCGACGUCAGCGAUGCACAGGAGGCCUGCCUUCUUGUGCCCGGCAUAACAGCAGAUGUGAAUGAUUGGGCUUUGCAGGGCGUGGAUAUGGCUUUAUUCAGCAGUCUCAUACAAGACUCGGCGGGUCCGACAGAAAUAAGACCACAGGCUGAUACGCAGUGAGGAUCUCAUAGUAUUGGCACAAUUAUCUAAUGGGAAUCGUUGAUAUACUGUCGUGGUAUUGUACCCAGUCAUAACGCGGAGUAGCCAUCAGCGCAGUUAGAGCAAACUCAGCAUCUUCAGAGAUGGCGGAAACUAUCCUGCUCUUCUUUCUAUGCCACUUUAUCCACAGCGCCAAAAGGAAGCUCAUUCAGUGGACAGACUCUGACACUCUGCUCUCUGAAUGUGAGAAGUCCUUAUGUUUCUCAGCUCUGGCAUCACCAAUCUACAGCCGCCGACCAUCCUGACCCAUAGCAUGGCGCAGGCCGCGACUAGCAUCCAAGCACGCGCGUCAUAUUUUGUUGUCUAGUCAUGGAACUCAAGGUAGAGCUGCUGGGUAGCCGCGUAGAGAUGGAGAUGCUGCGGCGUGUCUCUUCCC